AUGAUGGAAAUUAACAGAGAGAAGCUAACAGAUGAAUUAAAUGAAAUAAUCAGAAGUCAAGACAACAAGAGUAUAGAUGAAUGCGCUGAAGAAGUAUUAGAAGUAAUAUUACACCACUAUAAAAGAGAAUUCGUAUUUAAAGAGCAGUAUGCUUCUAUAAGAAGAUUUGGAUACAAUGUGUUUAUUUCGGAAUUGGCGGAUAAAAUUAAAAGUUUAGAUAUUAAAUGUGGAUCUAUGUAUGUUCUAGCACUAGUUAAUACGGCAAUAGAAGAUACAGAAUUAUACAUGGAUAGUAUACAAAAAGCAGCAGAUAUGAAAAUAGAAAGUGCUAGUGAAAAAGCAGCAUAUUAUGAUAUGGUGAAUGAAAAUCAUAUAAUCACAGCACUUGCGUAUUCAUAUAGGCCCAAUUUCUUAUACAAUAUUGUAAGGACUAUAGAUAGUAAGAGAAUUGAUGCUAAUCUAAUUAAUGCAGAUUAUUCUGCUAUAUUAGAUAGCCUUUUUGAAAUAGUUCCAAAGUUUGGAUGUUCAAGGCUGCAGAGAGCAUUAGAUAUACUAUUACAACAUGGAGAUGAUCUUUCUAUGCUUAAACAGAAUACUGAAGAAAAUAUGAAAAAGCUUGGAUUGUCUCAUGAUGAUAUUUAUUCAUUGCAAUUAUAUGCAAAAGAACAGCAAUUUAGUAGAUUUAAUUUUAUAAAAGAAAUAUAUAAUUUAAUGGCUAUUCAAGACAUAAAUGGGCAUCAAUACAAUUUUAUUGAUAUUCUGCCUAGCCUAUGGCAUCUACAUAGUCAGACCGGCGAAAAUUUUUUAUCAAAUAGUAACGAACGCAUAAAUCAGCUUAUAUCAGAGUUAAAUAUACUACUGACCACAGAAAAACUGUUUAUUAAUGAUUAUGCACUGAACGAUAUUAUUAAUACAUUAGAAAGCGGCAAUUUUGACAUAAACAAAUUUAAAUCUAACAUAGUGAAAACCUAUUUAGAGUCUAUAAAAGGCCAAUUGUCUAGGAUUAGAAGUUUACCUAUUGUUCUUGACACAUCAAAUAUAGAAAGCUCUGAGCCUGCGGAUCCACAGCCAGCCAGCGUAUUCUGGGAUAGAAUAAUUAAGAUAUCUUUCUUUGCGAUAAUUGGAAUUCUUUUCUUGGAGUUCUUGGGAUGUGAUGUAUUAAGUUCAACUCAAGACUUAUUGGCUUCAAUUAUUUCUGGAUGGAUUUAA